AUGCGUGUUUGUUUACGGCUUUUCAACCAACCGACUGUUUGGAACAACGCUGCUGUGCAACACCCACUGCUGUAUUUUUUUUCUAUUUUUCUUAAUUAUUCCCGUACAUUCGCCUAUCGACGGGAUUCAGGACACGCAUGCAUUGAAAUGAAUGUAUUUUUCUUUCCCAAUGUGCGUGUUUUAUUUCUGCUGAAUAUAAAAAUAAAUCAGUACAAUUUUUGUUUUUUUUCGUGUCAAUUAUUUCGCCCCCUUUCCCAUAUUUUUCUCCCCCCCACUUUUCUCCUUCUCCUUCUCCUCUUUCCCUUCCUUUGUUCGCGUUUAAGUUCCUGCUUUUGGGUUUCACACUUUCCCUUUUCCUUUCUUGAUAUCAAUUUUUUUCUUUUUUCUUUUUUUGCUCUCCUCUUUAAACCCUUUAUUGCCCCGGCACUGUGUAACGCAUUUGUUUUCUUUUUUUUUUCCUUCCUUUUCUCCCUCUUUUCCUAG